UACCUACCCACCUACCUCCCUCCCUCCCUCCUCUCCUCUGUCUACGAUAUGACGGUAUUGUACGUGGGGAAAUAGGUACCUACCUACCUACCUAUCUAGGUAGGCAAACGGAGAGGCAGACAAGUCGGCCAGGACGGGCGGCCAGCACCGAACCGAGCCGCAACAAUAACAACCUUAGCAGGAGGCGUAGCCACGACUUUCUCACAGCCUCGCCGCCCCCGCCUUCGACUAUAUCCCCAAGGCUUACUCCCCUCUCUAGCUCCCCUUUUCAACUCCCCAUCUCCCGCCCAGCUCCCUUCCUUUUAAUCCUACCCGACCUUGCUCUUCCCAUGUCUACUCUGGUCAAGCUUCAAAGACGAGAGGCGUCUUACCCGUUACACACGGCGAGUGGCGAAUAGCUACCGGCCACAACCUCCCCCCCCCCCCCUUUCCUGCACGAGCCUCGCAUCGUAGCCGACUAUCAGCAGCAACGCAGCUAGAUAAAUACCUUCGUCCCUUUCAGAACACAUCCUAAACACGAACUCAAGCUAGAAACCUACCCGUGUUAGCCAUGACCUACCCGAAUUCUCUCUCUGGGUCGGCGAGCCCUCCCUGUGACGACUUCCAGACCGGCGAGCCGGCUAGCUUGCCUACUUCGCCUGGCCAGUGGAGCCAGCUCGAUAAUAUCAUCGGCGGGCUCCUGGAUAAGCGGCAGGAUCUCGACAUUAAUGACCUCCUUCUCAGUUGUAAUAAAGGCGACACCCUUGUCGUCGUCAACUUCCCUGCCAACUUCGUCGAUUGCAAGGGCGCUGCCUGGACCUCGAAAAGGUUCUUGGUUGAUUCUUCGAAGCUCCUCGGGACCGGUUCCAGCGUCUUCGCAAACCUCCUGUCCCCGCAAUCGCAGACUCGUUUUCGGAGGAGGAUGGAGAACGCCGGCGAGUCGCUCUCGUGCGACUUUGUCGUCGAUCUUACGCCCCCAGACGAAGGCGAUGAGCUGGCAGCACAAAUCAUGGAGCUAUCUCUACCCGUCGGAGUCAGGGACUGGUGGAUAUCUCAUGAGAGGCUUGGCAUAUCUCCCGAGCUCGUCUCGGGGCAUGACGACCACUGCCCUCAUCACGACGAAGUCCCGAUAGACUGCGAGAGGUGUGAAGGCUACGUGCCGAGCAACGCGCUGCCUGAUCCUGUAGUCCAGGGAACCUUGGACCUGGACGAUAUCAAGAUGUCUCCUCGGAGAAUGAUAGAAGAGUACUGCUCUGUACGCCACAGAGCCAACAUCAUCCGCCUCGUCUUAGCUAUUCAGGGGUACAGUCUCGUGUUGGAUUCUGCGCCGCGUGCCUAUACGGUAUCAGGGGUCGCCAGCAUGCUGGAUUGCGCGAGCGUUGCUCGAGAUCCCAUAUGUGCCUGGCUCAUGGCGGAGCCGAACAGCGACUUCAUCGAUAUCCACCCCGAGGCUGCUUUGAAGAUGGCGUGGUCGUUGAAGCUGGCCGAUAUUAGCCGAGCAGCCUUCCGCAUUCUCGUGGUUGAGAAAGCUCUCGGUGUCCUUUCCACACGGCCUUGCGACGAUCAAUACACAGUUUUCGGCCGCCCUCGCGAAGGUGUACCCGAAGCACACGAUACAGCCAUCCAGUACGCCUCGUAUAAAUUUGCCGACCGGGUUCGAGGAACGUACAAUAGCCUGUGCGAGCACAGGCCCCUAGAUGUGCUGGAUAUUUCCGAGUACCAAAGACUGUUGCGAAUUGGCAGCUGCCUCAUGGAUGCCAUCCGUAAGGAUUCAAAUCGGCUGGACAACUCUCCACUGCGAGAAGCCCUCGACUGCCAAGAGGCGUGUGUGGACGGUCUUAACGAAUACAUGAGAAACUUGGUAACACUAGCCAUGUCACCUAUGGAUUACGGUCCACAGCACCACCUUGACCAGGAUCGCAGGUGCUAUGUCCCCCGUAGUCGAUGGGCCGACACUAGGGCGGUAUAUCGUGGGUUACGCCGUGCCCAACGUUUGCUCAUCCCGGAGUUCUGGGAGAGUCUCGAUGUGAACGUAACCAGGCGCCCAAGCGUACCAGUCCGCGUGUGUCGGCUGAUGUAUGAUUUUAAUACGAAGUUGGGCUCCGCAUUAGAGUGCAUCCCCUCCCCCCUUCUUGAGCAGCAUAAUAUUGACCUACUGCGGCCCCAUUUCGACGUAUCCCGGUUUAUUCAAGACCUCACAAUAUCGCUUCAUACCCAGUACCUAACCUGGGCAAGACCAACAGUGGAAGUUCCACUCAACAGGCCGACGCUGAAAGUUCCGCUCGGUCGAACGAGGCACUUGGUUCUGGCAUUGCUUGACGACGAGUUUGACUACCUGCCGCUGUGGGCCGGUGGGCUUGACGACGGAACGGGCGGCGCCUUCGAGAGUAGCGUCCCGGAUGCGGAACUAGGACCGGUAGGCCCGGGCCCGGCUUACCACACAGGUAUUACCGUGGCGACGGACGUCUCGAGCAUCUGCCAAUCUGAGAAGACUCUGGACAAUUCCGAAACCGGGACCUUGACUGUCGGGAGGUCCCUCGCCGCCGCGCUCUCCAACGCCGAGUCCAACGUGAGGCCCAAUAAUGUUUGGCAGGGAGUGACGCACCCCGAGCCCACUCAGGUCACCCGCGCUCCUCCCUCUGGCAUCGCCGAUGACGAGACGUUGCAGGAAAGCUGGAUUAACAUCUCGGACGACGACGACGUCCUUGAUGAAGAUGACUUCGAUUCCGACCAGGACGACGAGAAGAACGGCACGACUGAUGACGAGGACGUUUGGUCCGAGGUGGAAGCCCCCCUGGGAGUUUAGGGAACCGACGAAUUACACGUGAAUAGGCCUGUCCACGUCCACUAUGUCACUGGGUCAGCCAAGGGGGUUGAAUAGUAUAGAAGAAUGGCGGGGGCUAACGCUCAUCGACGCGCACAAGAUUAUCUAACAUAUCAGAUAUCAGACGUGAUUAGGUGGGAGGGA